AUGGUGUUCGCCUGGAAAGCCGCUGGUCUUACCUACAACCGCUACCUCGCCGUCGCCGCGCGCGUCGUGCGCCGCAGCCUGAAGGAGGACAAGAGAGUCGCCGCUGAGCGCCGAGGAGAGAUGGAUCUGCGCUUUGCCAAGUGGUCGAACGGCAAGCAGGGCGAGGUCAAGAACCUUGCCGACGCCCAGGCUGCUGCCGCCGUCGAGGCCGCUUCGUGCAAGGCGCACAUGGCUCAUCACACCCCGGCAGGGGUGGUCUCUCCGGAGCAAAAUACUUUCCUGGCAGGCAAGGGGCCUAGCAACAUAUCUCAAACUUUCUCAGACCUCUCUCUUGAGCCAAAUGGCGGCACAGAGCCACCGCCGCUGCUCGCGCCCCAGAUCAAGAGCGCUGGCGUGGUAACGAGAGACAUCACAGAGGACUUCAAGAGGGCCACCAAAGGUGAGCAAGUUUCUUCUCGAUCCGUUCUUCCGCCUCAAGAGGUUAACAUCGUUGCAGAGCUUGCGCCUGGGGAGCUAGUCAAGGAUGGUUUCUUUACUCUCUUCGAGUCUGUCGGGGCUCUUGAAAUUAUGGACCCCAAGAUGGACAGCGGGUGUCUCGCGCCAGGCGAAUCUCUGUAUGAUGAGUACGACUUGGCACGAACGCUCUCACCUGAGCAAGUCAUGGGGAUCAUAGAUCAGUUGCUCUGCUCAGAGAUGGCUUGGCAUCUGGGUUACCCUUUAUCGCAGACAAUCUUCACCAACGUGUACAUCGAAGCGAUCCUCAUGCCCUGUCCAAUCAGGAUACAAGAUGCCGACUUCAUAAGAGACCGGGAUGACAGCACGCCAACAUCGCCUAUGCAUGCCGUGCUGCGGGCAUACUGCCUGGGACUCCUCAAGUCGUGCUUCUUUGUGAUUAAGAGCAUCAAUUCUGAGCUUUAUUAUGAGGAGGAGGAUUUUGUAACCAACACAUACCAUCGCUCCUUGCUCGAGUCGAUAAAUCGGCAGGAGAUCGUGGAUGUCAUCCAAGACACACGGGCAUUGCUGAGAACGAUGCGGCAGUCCUGGUCCGAAGACCUGGUUCUGGCUCUCGACUCUCGGCUUGAGCUGAGGGAGGCCUUCCUAACAGCCCUCCAGCUGGUUGACGGGGAUACUAUCCCAGACUCGCUCAAGACGACGUGGGAGCGCUUGGGGGAGAUCCUGAGCAACGUCACCAAGACGCACUCACUAGCCGUACCGGUCCCGGAAUCCUUCAGCAAAAAGAUCCAACGGCGUUUGGCGAGCACUAUGCCUCCGCGGCCUAUCGUGCAGCCGAGCUUCGACGAAGCCUGCGCGCAUUGGAAACGCAUGUUUGAAGACGGCGCCGAAGUGCACGACGUGCUCAAGUACACCGACUCGCAGACCCUCCUUAACUUUGUCUUGGCCUUCCAGUCCAAGAAGCCCCAGCCCCUCGUCUUCGUCCGCACCCUGCUGCAAAGCUACAUCUUCCGCGACAACAUCAUCCUGCGGUCCAUGUCGAUCCGCCAGCUCAUGGACGACGACCUGGCCACGGUCGUGCUGCCCGCGAGCCCGCUGCUCGACCCGGCCAACGACGCCGUCGAGGCCGUGCACCACCCGCGCUUCGUCGUCGCCAACCAGAUGGAGGAGUUCCGCCAGAGGGCCGCCGCCGCCUACCUCGACGUCUUCCGCUUCCUGUGCCAGAACCGGCCGCGCAUCCGCCGCACGCUGUGCCACGCCCUGAACCAGUGGGAGAUGGUGCAGGUCGAGGCCGAGGACACGGACCAGGUGCUGCAGGCGCAGGUGGCGGACCCGGCGUUCAGCAGCACCGGCGGCUCGUCUCAGACAACAGCCAUCAGCAAGGAAUCCCUCGACGCCCUCCCGCUGUCCUCCUGGUCGUACCUCUACAAGCUGCGCAUCAUGGAGUGGAUCGUCCAGCUCGGCUUCGAGCUGCAGACCUACCAGCCCGACGAGCUGGCGGGCAUGUACUGGUACCUGAGCUACCUCGCCAAGCGCCGCCUCCAGCACCUCGAGCGCAUCAAGUCCUUCACCGUCCAGGCCUUUGACGCCUCCUCGUCACCGCCCAGCCAAGGCGGUGACAGAGACGACGAGACGCACUCGGCCUUUGCCCGCUCCCUCUCCUACCUCCGCGCCGCGAUGCUCGACGCCGCCUCGACGUGGCAGCUCGCCGACGCCCUGUCCUGCCUGUACACCGUCCUCUACCGGCCUCUCUCUACCCCUACCCCUCCGUCCUGCCCCCCGCAGAGCAGCGAGCCGGCCGGCUUCGCCGCCCUCGCCCGCCCCCACAGGCCGUACAGCACCGACGCCCUGCGCUACGACGUGCGCAUGAAGCCCUUCGCCGCGGUGGGCCUGCCCGAGCUGCCCGACCACGCGGCCUUUGCCCGCGAGACGGACCAGCCGGGCGUGCCGACGGCCGACGUGCUCGCCUACGCCGAGCGCGCGGCGUCCGGGGCCCGGCGCGGCUUCGAGGCCCUCGCGCGGCUCGAGGCCGGGGACGCCUUCUCGUCCUUCUCGGGGUCGGGGGCCGGCGGCGGCGGCGGCGGCGGCGGCGCGGGCAGUCUGCGGGAGCGGUGGCUCGACGGGCAGAGGAGCUGCGUCAAGGCGGCGAUACUGACGGGGAUUGGGAUCGGUACCUUGCAGAAGGUGUUGGACAAGACUACUGCUGCUGGUGGUGGUAGCGGCGGCGGGGAGGAGCCGGACCUGAAGGGGAAGGUCAAGGCCGAGGUGCCCGCGCCCGACCAGGGGUAUCACGAGUGGUGGGUUGUGCCCAAGGUUACGGCUCUGUCGUGA